AUGUAUCCUACCGGUAUCAACCUUAAUACCGGUACACACACGGUACGCUCUUCCUCACCUCCUGCCAACAAAAUGUCGACGCCAAGCUCGCGGCCGUCCAGUACCGCUAUUGAUGACCUCCAGGACGAGACCCGCGAGUCGCGCACGUCCCCUCCUGCCGGCCCCAUCACGAUACCGCUCUCUCCAGUGCAGGACAGCAGCAACAACAGCGAAGACAGAGACGACGACGACCUCCUCCAGUCCUCGUCAACCGCGACGCUGCUGUCCCUCACGAACUCGAUCCGUGGCGAACGUCCACUGCCGUCUCUCCACUCCCCGCUCGUGUUCCGUGACGUCCCGUUCUCCGUGACGUUCCUGCUGCAUUUGGUGGUGCUGCUGCUGCUCACGGACCGACUCCGCUCGGACCAGGAGCGACGGAACGACCGCAGCGAAGUUGUCGGUGAGCUGCUGGACGACGAAGUGAGCCGGACUUUGGCUUCUGAAGAAGUCGUUGUGGCUCUGCACUCGCUCUGCCUUGUCAACUUGCUCUUUGCGCUGGGCUGGCUGCUUUCGUUUGUCUUUUAUUCCAAGCGGCACUUUGUCCAAGGCUCGUGGGUACUGAACAUCGUCGGGCUCUCUGCACUCGCUCUGUUCCUGCUCUUUUUACUGGACUUGAGCUAUGCUCUCGUCUGGGGCAUUCUAUUGUUCUUUGACCUUGUUGUGGAGCUCCUUGUGACGCACCCGGUGCUUGGGUAUGUUACAUGUACGACAUUGGCAGUGUAUACUGUUUGGGCUAGUUGGGUCUGCACGACGAUCGGGUAUGUCCAGCACGAGCUGUCGCUCUGGAGCUUUUCCAUCAUGUACCUCGCCUUCCACUUUUACUGGACGUCAAAUGUAUUGAAGAACAUUCUCACUGUUGUUGCAUCGGGCACGACCAUGAUCUGGUACUACCAAAAUGAGCCAAGCGACGUAUUGGCUGCGACAGACAGUUGCGAGAGCGUCGCAGACCGCGACGCUUCUCGUGUAGAGACAUCUGACCAUGCACAGCAAGAUUUGAUGAUUGGCAACCUCGACCGCAAGGUCGUACUGCACUACGCGCGGUGUGCAUUGUCGAGUUCGUUUGGAUCAAUUUGCAUCGGCUCUUUGCUGUGUUCUUUAGGACACCUUGUGUGGAUUGCUCUACGCUGGGCUCGGCGAGACGAGUCAGUUCUGUCACGAUGGUUAAUGUUGCUACGCUCGGAACGAGUUGAGCACUUUAUUCGCACGUACCACAAGUACUCUUUUGUCCACAUUGCGGGCUAUAACAAGCCGUACUACGUGGCAGCACACGAUUCAUGGGAAUUGAUUGAAUACUACGGCGUGGAAGCAAUUGUAGACGACGAUCUGACCAGUCGCAUCUUACUGUUUGCUAGCAAUGGCUGGGCCGGCGUCAUGAGCACGCUGACUGCGCUAGCACUGUCCAAUGCUUCGACACACGCUACUUUCUGUACACUGGUGUCAUUCACACUUUGCUACACGACUAUUUCGUUGGCUUCACAAGUGAUUGCAGCGGUCAUUAAGACGCUGUUUGUUUGCUUUGCCGAGAAUCCGGAACGACUUAGUCAGCUGCACCCACUUAUUUACCACCGGUUUGUGCGACUUACUGAGCUCAAGAGCUUUCACGACCACAGGGCAUCCGCCUACUGUCGUCCGUAG